AAACUAGUUUGCGUUGCAGUAAAUUUAUAAUUUUAAUUUAAUUCUUCUAUAGCUUUCGUUUUUCUAAUUAUGAAUCAGUGAAUAUUUUAUAUAUUCGUAAUUUAACAAAAAAUGAGUUCAAUUCAAGAGCGCUUACAACAAAAACGUGUUCCGUUAGACACUUGGAAUAAACGUGAGCAAUUAUGUCUUGCAUCCGCGGUAGUUCGAAGCGGCGAUCAAAAUUGGAUGUCUGUUUCCCGGGCAUUAAAAACAAUUGGCGAACCAAAUAGGCCACCAGAUUGGUAUUCUCAGAAAAGUUGUGCAGCGCAAUAUGGAGCUUUGCUGGAGAAUGUCGAGACCCCUAAACGCAAGCGAAACUCCGAUAGCGGCAUUGAGACACCACAAGAGUGUAUCCUGAAGCAACUGACUGAACAGCGGAUGCAAGAGAUACAGAAGACCAUAGCUGAGAUGACAGAGCAGCAUGACAUAAUCAAAAAUGCAAUAGCUGAAGUGCAGGACCCUGAGACGAGUGAUGCGCGGAUACGGGAGAUAUGGGCGGAUAUUGAAGCUACGAAACGUGCGAGGGAACGGGAGAUCGUGCGGCGCGCCGCGUGGCUGAAAGAGAGAGACGAGAGAAGGGCGAGAGCUGAGAGGAGUUGGCGCCCGACUGUGUUGCCGACAUCUCCCAGCACGACCUUCGGUAUGUCGGAAGCGGCGCCUUCAUCACCUUUGCUGACGUCGCUGUUAAAAUCAUCACCGGUGGUGACCACACCACAGAGAAUAUCACAUCCGGCUAAUGCAUAUGUCGAUGCCGUCGCGCCGAGUGUGGGUGCACCCACACUAUCAUUACUGUUGGAACAACCGAGUGUGGAGAAAAAUGCCGCCAUCGAACAUAUCAAGAGUCAGUUGGUGCAGAUUGAGCAUCAGCUCAAAGCGAAUACACAGAAUCGUACUGUCCCGCUCGCACCCACCGUCGAUAUUGACGAUAUCGAAAUAAAAGCUGAAGAUGUGUACGCGUUUAAGGAUAUAGAUAUCAAUAUUCCUCCUGUCGCUUCUAUGCACAAGGCAUCGCCUCGGUAUGUACCUUUCAAGUGUAAGAUUUUCUCUAUAACCUGCCCAUUAAAAUGCAAAUCUCGAAAAACACAAAAUUCUGUGCUAGCGCCACCGCCACAGAGAAAAGCAGUACCAGUGCCGGAACCCUUUGUGCCUGAUGUCGAGGAAAUGGUUCAUCUGCGAAUUCAACAACCAUUGAAGAAAGAAACCGCCGUCGAGCAUAAACCCGCUCUAAAGCGACCAAAACCAGCGAUGGAGCCUAUCGUGGUUGCACCGAAGCCGGAAGUCAAGAUAUCGUUCCCGGAAGUCAAGUUCCCGACGCCGGAAAUAAAGGUCAUUGAACCUGAGGAUACGAAGGUAUUUGUAAUAAUGUCCACUAUCCUAUUUUUUAUAUGUAAAGAUAUUUCUUACAGAAAAGAAAAGAAAGCAGAAGAAGAAAUAAUUCAGGCGAAAACAGAAGAGAAACCAGAACAGGUAAUCGAGGCAGAGGAACCGCCGCCCGCCGAGCUGGUCUCACAGGCUGACAUGCAGAAAGACGGACAAAAACACGCCAUACUUCCUCAAGACAUUCCGUUACCUCCGGAAGAGUUCGAAUCAGAAGAGAAUGAAGUGAUAGAACCGGUGAAGGAUCCAACCCCAUCGCCGGAACAACAGGAACCAGUGAAUGAGACUGUGGAAGAGUUAAAGAAAGAUACAGUAAAAGAUGCAGAGCAAGAGACAGAAAACGAUAUAAAGACAGAAGACGAAGAAGAUUUGAAGCAAGAAGACAAGAGAGAUGAAGACGAGGAGUUGAGUAGAGAAGAAGAGAAGGACGGAAAGAAGAAAAGAGAUUAUUCAAGAAAGAAGAAGCCCGAUUCUAGAACAUGUUCCGGGUCAGAGAGUGCCCCGGAUUCUCCAAGCUCAAAUGACACGGAGCGGCAACACCGUUUGUGGAAGAAAAGUGUUAUGCUUGUGUACAACAGGUUGUGUGCCCAUAAAUAUGCUUCACUGUUCCUCCGGCCCAUUACUGAUGAUGAGGCUCCUGGGUACAGCGCCAUUGUGAAGCGACCAAUGGAUCUAUCCACCAUCAGAAAGAAUAUUGACGCGGGAAAUGUGAGAACAACGGCGGAGUUCCAACGUGACGUACUACUGAUGCUGUCCAACGCGCUCAUAUACAACAACUCUACACACAGCGUGUACGCUAUGGCCAAGGAGAUGUUCGAGGAGGCUCAGUGUCAGUUGGGGAUGUUACUUGCUGCGCAGGCGCACGCGGGGCUUGUGUCGGCUCCGCCCACUCGCAAACGAAGACCGAACAUGCAAGGAAACACGUCCACAAAUAAAACACAGAAACCGUAGAACUCAUUGGACUGUCUUAAACAAACGCAAGACAUGCUGACCGGUCAUUGAAACCGGUUUAAUAAUAAAUUAAUUCAUAAUAAAAAAAAUAGCAGUUGUAGAGACUAAGCCAUUUGUUAUUCGAUAACAAUAUUUAUGAACGUUGCGGGACUUGAACCCGCGACCUCUCACGUUCCGUGCGAGCCACAACAACGAUUUAUCAACGAUACGUCACUCGAACGGUUGGCUCAGUGGGAGAGCGCUCGCACAGUACGAGAGAGGAGAGGUCGCGGGUUCGAGUCCGGCGUUCAUAAAUUUUGUUUUCUAAUUUAAUUUGUGUAGUUGUCGAGAAUGCAGUUAGAAGUAAGAACUUAGAAUUUUAGUAUUUAAAUUUGGAAUUUCAUAAUGUUUUAAAUACAAUUAAAAUAUAAAUUACAAUUAUUAAAAUAUAAAUUUCAAUUAUUAAAAUAUAAAUUUCAAUUUAAUUUUAAAACUUAUUUUCAAUAAUAUAUUAAUCAGAGAAUAACACUAUAUCAACAACGCACAGUAUAUACACAUUGAACUUUGCACUAAAUCCAUUCAAUUUCACUUAAUCUUAUACUUCAUAAGAUAUACACAGCACUAAUGUUACAUUAAAUAAUUAAUAAUCUAAUAUUGAUAUGAUAUAUAUUAACUUUUUUUUUAAUUAUACAUUUAUCGCGUGCACCAGUCAUGAGCAUGCAGGUGACGCGGACCCAUAGUUUUCACUUCAAAAAACAGAAACUUAAGUGUCAACUCACUAGAAAAAGCAUCUACAAUUUUGCAAACACUAUCACAUAUUACCAGAAGUCGUAAUGAGAUGCGUAAUUUAUUAGUUAUGUGUGCUAUUCAUAAAUUAGAAUGUGACAAACGAAACGUCGUUUCUUCUCUCUCACACUUUCUGGUCCAUUACGGAGCUCCAUGUGUAUGUUCUGUGUAUAUAUACACCGAGUAUGAACAUAGUUCGAUGAUUAUUAAUUAGAUAAGAUAUAAUAAUAAAAAUGUAUUAAACAUA